ACUAAGCCACAUCCACAGGAGCAUUUGGUGAUUCCACAGAACCACAAGAGACUUGACCUCCUGGAAACGAAUUAACCAAGAUUAAUGAAACAGAUUAAGGUCAUGUGCCCUGUAAAAAUGUCCCUCACUGGAUGAACUGUGACAAGAUGUGAAGGGGACACUGCCGCUGACCGCCUGGUGACAGCUAGCCAGUGGUUGAGAGACCGCAAGAUGGUUCCUCGUCUUUCACUUCCCUUCGUCCCAGGUCUGAACUCGGACCAGCUGGAGCCUUUGGGGGACCACGGAUUCCCCUUUACACUCACACGCAUUUCUCUUGUCCGUCACUCACUCACAGUCCAGUAAGGAUCCUGCUGUCUAUUCCGCAAAGACAUCUUGAAUGCAGGGACAGCCAUGUGGAAGACUGUCCUCGAGGGUGGCAGCAGCCUCUCAGGACGGGGAAAGCCAAGGUCCCCACCCAGCAGGAGGAGGUCCGAGGCUCUGCGCGACGCUGGCCCCGCGGAGUGUGGGGGACUUUUCCUCUCAACCACCAGUGCCCCGCAAGCGUGGGUGAACAGUCCUCCCUGGCUACUGUGGGAUGCUGGGCAGGCGACUUCGCUUCUCUGGGCCUCGGUUUUCCUGCUUGUCAAAUGGGGCUGAUGCUGGCGUGGGCUUCUUCGGGCGGUCGCAAGGGUUGACCCCUGGAGUCAACGAGCCAGCCACGCAUGCACUCCCGGGCGGAGGUCGGGGCCUGGGGGCGCACCUCCCGCCUACGCGCCCCCGGCCCCGCCUCCCGCCGGCGAACCCCUCCCCCGGCCCCGCCCCCGGCCCGCUUCCUCCUCCCGCGGGCGGCGCAGCCCUAGCGCCCCGCGCUCCGCGGGCAGCCCCCUGCCGCCGCGCCAUGUCCGCCGGCUGGUUCCGGCGCCGCUUCCUGCCUGGGGAGCCGCUCCCCGCGCCGCGGCCGCCCGGGCCGCGUGCCAGCCCCGUGCCCUACCGACGGCCCCGCUUCCUGCGCGGCUCCAGCUCCAGCCCUGGGGCAGCCGACGCCUCGCGCCGCCCAGACUCCCGAGCCGUGCGCAGCCCGGCACGAGGACGCACGCUACCCUGGAAUGCAGGCUACGCCGAGAUUAUCAAUGCAGAGAAAUCUGAAUUCAAUGAGGAUCAAGCUGCCUGUGGGAAGCUGUGCAUCCGGAGAUGUGAGUUUGGGGCUGAAGAAGAGUGGCUGACCCUGUGCCCAGAGGAGUUCCUGACAGGCCAUUACUGGGCACUGUUCGAUGGGCACGGCGGUCCUGCAGCAGCUAUCUUGGCUGCCAACACCCUGCACUCCUGCUUGCGCCAGCAGCUGGAGGCCGUGGUAGAAGGCUUGGUGGCCACUCAGCCCCCCAUGCACCUCAGUGGCCGCUGCAUCUGCCCCAGUGACCCUCAGUUUGUGGAGGAAAAGGGCAUCAGGGCAGAAGACUUGGUGAUCGGGGCAUUGGAGAGUGCCUUUCAGGAAUGUGAUGAGGUGAUCGGGCGGGAGCUGGAGGCCUCAGGCCAGGUGGGCGGCUGCACAGCCCUGGUGGCUGUGUCCCUGCAGGGAAAGCUGUACGUGGCCAAUGCUGGGGAUAGCAGGGCCAUCUUGGUGCGGAGAGAUGAGAUACGGCCACUGAGCUUCGAGUUCACCCCAGAGACUGAGCGGCAGCGGAUCCAGCAGCUGGCCUUUGUCUACCCUGAGCUUCUGGCUGGCGAGUUCACCCGACUGGAGUUCCCUCGGCGGCUGAAGGGGGAUGACUUGGGACAGAAGGUUUUGUUCAGGGAUCACCACAUGAGUGGCUGGAGCUACAAACGUGUGGAGAAAUCUGAUCUCAAGUACCCACUGAUCCACGGACAGGGUAGGCAGGCUCGGUUACUAGGAACACUGGCUGUCUCCCGGGGCCUGGGAGACCAUCAGCUCAGAGUCCUGGACACGAACAUCCAGCUCAAGCCCUUCUUGCUCUCUGUCCCACAGGUGACUGUGCUGGAUGUGGACCAGCUGGAGCUACAGGAGGAUGAUGUGGUUGUCAUGGCAACUGAUGGACUCUGGGAUGUCCUGUCCAACGAGCAGGUGGCAUGGCUGGUGCGGAGCUUCCUCCCUGGGAACCAAGAGGACCCACACAGGUUCUCAAAGCUGGCCCAGAUGCUGAUACACAGCACACAGGGAAAGGAAGACAGUCCCACAGAGGAAGGGCAGGUGUCCUACGAUGACGUCUCUGUGUUCGUGAUUCCCUUGCACAGUCAGGGCCAAGAGAGCAGUGGCCACUGAGGAUUCAAGACACUGUAUCCCAGAACUGCUCUAGUGCCCGGGUGUGGUCUGGGCAUCCCUCCACUGUGACCAAGAGCAAAUCCUGCCUGCCCUAUCCCUAGCCACAGCCCAGUGCUCUCACUAUCCACCUCAACACACAUCCAUCUCAAGAGGAACAUUUAUACCAGGCAGUCAGAGCUGGAAGUGUAUGGAGAGCCCAGCCCACCAGGUCCUGCCUUUUGCAGUGAUAGCCUUCUCUGGCAGAGUGACUUUACAACUUAACUAGGAAACCCAUGUGAGGCUCCUCAGACAGGAUCUUCAACAGCCCAAAGUAUCAUUCUCAGAUAGGGGCACCCAGGCUAAGGGUAUUAGCCAAAGACACCAGGAUGAGCAGCUAGCCCAUGUUUAGAUCCAGGUCUCCAAUUCAUAGAUGUCAGGGCAUGUGUUCAACAACCCCCAAAGUCCAUGCAGGGUGGCUUGUAGAAACCUUUGGGCAGCCUCAUGUCUGCUAAAACAGCCAUCUUCAAGACAGCCCCUGAAAAAGAGACCAGUUCAGGUCCUGCCCUGCUGUUCUUUGCUGGAGACGAGGAACAGGCGCUGGGGCUAAAGUUUGGAGUAGAGCACAAGGGACAAGAGGAACUCUUGGAGUUGGCUGGGUGAGAGGGCUCUCCAUUUGCUACCUGUAGUAGCCUGCCUCCUAACUGGUUGCUUCUCCCUAGUUCCAGCCCUGCCCUGGUCUGAUGCCCCAACACUGCCCUUGCUUUGUUUUCCCUGUCACCUCCUUAUUAUUAAAUGUUUUCUACAGAA